GGGUUUGAUAGGGAACGUUGAUGGUGACAGGGGAGGAAAAAAAUCCCCCUGUGAAAAAUCACUAAGGCUAGAGAAACCCCCCGCUGUUUUAUUGGGAGGGACCCGUCUUAAACACGUACGAGGCUGGGAGACAGACCCGGACCUCUGGGCGACUAUUUCGAAGACCUGAGGAUGACCCCUUUUACUGGAGCGAGUCGAUGGGCUUCUUUUCGAGUGGCGUUUUGACAGUGAAGCUGGGCAGGGAGCACGGCACCUACGUCAUCAACAAACAGACGCCAAACAGACAGAUCUGGUUGUCUUCUCCCACCAGUGGACCGAAGCGCUACGACUGGACAGGUGAACGCUGGGUGUACUCUCAUGAUGGUCUGAGCCUCCACCAGCUGCUCUCUAAAGAGUUCUCCAUCAUCUUCAGUAAAACCAUGGACUUAUGUGGCUUGCCAUACUCCUGAGGUACCACAGCCACUAAUGACAGCCUACAGUGUGACUACUGCGACUCAUCCAACCACUGUCAGAUCCUAUAGGAGCCAAAGACACAGUAUUUAUGCACAGCUGUACAGUAACGUUACAGUAAACGCCCUGAGGGGAACAGCUGGAUCUAAUGAGUGAUCUAUAUGUGUUCUAUAACAACGGAUUGUUGAGUUUAUUUUAUUUACAGCACUUUAAAAGCAAACGGGUUUGCACUAAAGUGCUUCACAAAGACAGACCUAUAUGUAUGUAUACAGGCAUAAAACAGAUAUGUGCAUAGAUAUUGUAAUGUUAUUAAAUGUGUGUCAACCCUUCA